GAUAGCUAUGAGACCUACGCGCUAGCCAACUGCGCCACCACCCCGAUGUUUAACCAAGCUUGAACUAAAUUUAAUAGACUGAGUUUAUCACCUUUACUUCUUCUACCUCCCGCCGGCUCGAUGCUUGCCGGUUAAACCCUUGUAAAAUCUCCAGAUUCCUGAAACUCAUUGACCACGAUUCAGAAAUGUCUAGCAGCAGAAGCCUCAAUUUGAAGAAAAUUUCGUGGCUUUCUUCUCGGAUCGUCUCAGGAUGUCGGCGACCCGUUGCUAUCGGUGGAGACAGGGACAUUGUGUCGAACACAUUGGUCGGAACUCGCGGAUUUGCGUCAGUGAAACGAGUGUCUCGAGCUUCUUCUUCUCCACAUGCUGAUUUGCUCUCUUAUGUUAGAGCUUCACUUGAUAAGCUUGAAGGUCCUUCCCAUCAUUGGUUGAAUCGUGACUUUGAGACUAAACAGCUUUUCAAGGACAAAGGGACUUAUCUAGUUCUUGUUGGCGAUUUGCUUAAUGGAGAUCCGAGUGGUUUCUUUGAGAAACUCAAGUUGCUUCAGCAGAGGUCUCCUGGAGUCUGUUUCAUGGGUAUCCACUUCAGUGAUCAAGCUCGAAUCACCGAUGAUCGAGCUGCUUUAGCUGAGUUGAUUGUUAAGGAGUAUCUUACUUUUCCUGUACUACUUUCUCAGAAAGAUUUUCCAAAGUCAAGUGGAGAAGACGUGCGCUACUUCGUGUUUAGAGAUUUUAAGAACCCUUUAAUCUACCAAGACAAGGAUCUGGAUAUUGCUUCUGUAGCUAAAGCUCUUGACAGCCUCAGUCAAGAUACUGAGAAAUCAAAGUCCGUCAAACUUUUCACCAACACUUGGUCAAAACAGGCUGAUGCUAUCAAAGAACCACAUUUCUCUUCUUUCUUGCAGGAUUUGUUUUUUUACUUUCCAGGUUGUAUCUCUGCAGACGAAGUUGGAGAUUGCCUAUUUCUUUCUGAUAGCAACCAUCAUCGUAUUAUCAAAUCCAAUAGUAAUGGGGAGAUAUUAGACAGCAUUGGUUGUUUCCCAGGUUUUGAGGAUGGAGAAUUCGAAUCUGCAAAGAUGCUACGUCCUGCGGCCACUCUUUAUGACGAAGAGGAGGAUUGCCUCUACAUUGUAGAUUCUGAGAACCAUGCCAUUAGAAGAGCAAAUAUAAAGACGCGGGUCCUGGAAACGGUAUAUCCAAAGGUUAUCAAGAAGAGUGUUGGCUUAUGGUCUUGGGUAAUGGAGAAAAUGGGUUUUGAAAAAGAUGAAGAAACAACAGUUGAUGCUGAUGCUAAAUCAGAAGAGUCUGAUGCUCCCUCCCUCAUGUUUCCAUGGCAUAUACUGAAGCGUGAUGAUGAUAGCCUUGUAGUCAUUAACAAAAGCUUUUCCAAGUUGUGGAUAAUUAACUUAGCUUCUGGAGAGAUCGAAGAAGUUGUGGAAGGGUUCCAGGGGAUAAUGGAGGUCUAUCGGGAAUUGAUCACGGAGAAGCUAUCAGUCUUGAAACAUUUGCCUUCUACUUGGUUGCAACAGCAAACUAAGGCAAUCACCUCAUGCAAGGAGCAGCCAAGUGCUGCUCUUUUGUCUUCUUUCUCUGAAUUUGGAGACCACAUUGUCAUGACAGAUACAGCUGGUCAGAGGGUGUUGAAGCUAAAUAGAGAAUCUGGAGCAUGCUCUAGCAUACAGUUUUCAAACAUUGGGAUCCUUGGGUUGCCCUAUUGGUUGUCCACUCCACUGGAGAGAGUUUUCAAUCUAGCUAGCGGAGUACAAGAAGCACACAUCAGCCAUAUUCAUCAACUCCGGUUAUUACCAGGUAAAAUUAGCAUACGGUUGAGCAUAGAGAUCCCACAAUGCACAGAGCUUGUUGAACCGUUACAAGAAAGCUGCAUCUGGCGACAGGCGAGAGGUUCAAUCACUGAAGUCUCAAAUGCUGGAAGUGCAGUGGAACCUUCUGAAAAGGUUGGAGUCUCACAACAAUGGUAUGAUGAAUUAGACAACCUCGCCAAAGAAAUAGUCAACCCUGAAUUAGCUGAGGAAAAGGAAGAAGAGCAAGAAGAAGAUGUUUCUCAGGUGGAGAGUGAAGAUGAUGGACGGAUACACAUCGAUUGCUCUGUCAAUACAAGUCCUGGCACAAGCGAGCUUAUUGUUUAUGCAGCUUUGUAUCUAAGACUUGCAAAGAACGAAGAGACAGAAGGUGCGAGCCAGGAAAAGCUGGCGAGAAGAAUAGCAGACGUUUUAAAGCCAGCAAGGAACAUGACGACUAUGGAUGAAGAAUUGUUUGUGAAAGUGUUGUUGAAGUCAAAGAGAGAAGUGAGAGACAUUGUAUUCUUGAAGCCGGUGCAUGUGCGCAUAAGGUUUGACACGAUGGAUCACCCAAAGGCCGAUAACUCAAGAGACAUAAUCUUGACGGAUUCUUCUGCUCAGGUCGAUGUCUCUCUUUGAUGACGAUAGAGCCGUGCGUGCAAACAAUGCUAUUUUCUCUUACACAUAGUGGCAUUACAAGGUAAACAAUAUUAUUAGUCGGCCCAGUUUUAUGUAAUGGGGUCACAAUCACAAAUUAUUCAAAUAAUCCUAAUGGAUAUUGUAUCAAUCUCAAUCGUAUUUGCAAGAGCCUCAUAGAGAAGGUUGUUGACUUGAUUUUGUAACAAAAGAGUCGGAAGAUAAUUCAUCAUCAUUGCCAAGUCA